AGAAGAGAGAUGGAGGUGUCCUCUAUGAUUCCUUGCAAGGGGUACACCCCCUGGCAGGGGCUCUUGCUCACAGCCUCCCUUUUAAGCUGCUGGUAUCCACCCACCACUGCCCAAAUCACCAUUGAACUCCUGCCACCCAACGUGUUUGAAGGAGACAAUGUCCUUCUACAUGUCCACAAUCUGCCAGAGAAUCUUCUAGCCUUUGCUUGGUUCAAAGGGGUGACAAAUAUGAAACGUGGAAUUGCCAUCUAUUCACUGAAAUACAAUUUAAGUGUCACGGGGCCUGUACACAGCGGAAGAGAGACAGUGUACAGCAAUGGAUCCCUGCUGCUCCAGCGUGUCACCCACAAGGACACAGGAUUCUACACCCUACGAACCAUAAGUAGACAAGCAGAAAUUGUAUCAGUGACAUCCAUGUACCUCCACGUGCACACCUCCAUUUUAACCUGUGCACACCCUCCUACCUCUAUUCAGCCUACUAUUGAAUCAGUGCCACCCAGAGUUGCAGAAGGAGCAAGUGUUCUUCUACUUGUUCACAAUCUCCAGGAGAAUCUUCUAGGCCUUUUCUGGUACAAAGGUGUGAUUGUGUUCAAGAACCAUGAAGUUGCCCGACACAUAGUAGGCAAGAAUUCAAGUGUGCUGGGCCCUGCACACAGUGGCAGAGAGACCAUGUACAGCAAUGGAUCCCUACUGCUCCACAACGUCACCCUGAAUGAUAUUGGAUUCUACACCCUACGAACUCUGAGUAGAGACCUGAAAAUGGAAUUAACACAUGUGCAACUCCAGGUGGACACCUCCCUUUCUGCUUGCUGCAACCCUCUCACUUCUGCCCCGCUCACCAUAGAACCAGUGCCACGGAAUGCUGCCGAAGGGGAAAGCGUUCUUCUCCUUGUUCAUAAUCUGCCGGAAGAUCUGCGAACCUUUUCCUGGUACAAAGGGGUGCAUAGCAUCCAGAACCUUAACAUUGCAGACUAUAGCAGAGCCAUAAAUUAUGUCACCAGGGGACCUGCCUACAGAGGAAGAGAGAUGGUGUACACCAAUGGUUCUCUGCUGCUCCAGGGCAUCACUGAGAAAGAUGCAGGGUUCUACACACUGCAGACUUCAAACAGAGAUUUCAUAAUUGAAAAAGCAUAUGUGCAACUCCAUGUGAAGAAGCCUGUGUCAGAGCCCUUUUUGCGAGUCACUGACACCACAGUCCCAGUACAGAGCUCUGUGCUCUUCACUUGCCUCUCAGCCGACACUGGAAUCUCCAUCCGCUGGAUCUUCAAUAACCAGAGUCUGCAGCUCACAGAGAGGAUGACCCUGUCCCCAACAAAGUGCGGACUCAGCAUAGAUCCUGUCAGGAGGGAGGAUGCUGGACAGUAUAAGUGUGAGGUCUCCAACAUAGUCAGUUCAAAGACCAGUCUCCCAGUCAGGCUGGCUGUGGUGAAUUAG